CUUUUUGGCGUAUUUGGAAUAUUAAACGUUUUUAUUCCCGGUUAUUCAAUUUACUACAAUAACAUUAAUGCAGUGAAGUAUAUUUUACUUAUUGGUGACAUUUUAAUUUCUCUUGCCGCUCUUUUUGGAAUUUUCUUUUGGCUUUCUGGCAAACCAAAUCUUAUAAUUAUUUACACCUAUUUCGCAUAUGCUAUUGUCGCCAUUUUAGCAAUCGUUGAUAUUAUUAGUAUGAUAGUUUUUCACGCUAACAAAGAUGCAUAUCUACAAUAUUGUCUUACUACAUUGAAAUCCGAUCCUCUUGAAUAUGGUUCUAAGAGUGAUUCAGAAUUGAAUAGUACUUGUAAUAGUUCUUUUCAAAAAUAUUUUAUAAUUGUUGUUUUAAUUUCUGGUCUUCAUUUUGCUAUUUCGGUAUGUGUUUAA